AAACGUCGAAUGGGAUCGUAGAAAAGCGCCUGUGAGGGAGCUCCUCUCUGGCUAAUCAAAAUCAGCGCUCCGUCAAUCGUGCAGUCGCUCAGAGAAAUCCGUGGGCUAUAUUUCGCGUAUCGCAAUUCUAUUGAUGACCCAGGGACGAGCGAUAGGAAAUCUGUGACUGACAUAGGUAUUCUCUCUUUUCAGACGUCCCUAUUAUGUAAUUUAGGACCCGGAGUUAUGUAAGGUUGGCCGAAAAACGCGUGUUAAUUGUUGGUGCUGUGCAGUGUGUCGAAAUAUGUUUAUUUGAGCGAAAGAGUGUUGUGUUAUUUGCAAAAUGGCGGACUUAGAGGCAGUGCUGGCCGAUGUCAGCUACCUUAUGGCAAUGGAGAAGAGCAAAUGCACUCCAGCUGCAAGGGCCAGCAAAAAAAUCGUGCUACCUGAUCCUAGCGUGAGGAGUGUUAUGCACAAAUAUUUGGAGAAGAAGAAUGAAGUCAAUUUUGAUAAAAUUUUUCACCAGACUCUAGGUUACUUAUUGUUCAAAGAUUUCUGUGAAAAUGUGUCUGAAGUUCCUGUGCCUCAAUUACGUUUCUACGAAGAGAUUAAAACUUACGAGAAAUUGGAAUGUCAGGAGGAACGGAUGAAACAUGCAAGAGAUAUCUAUGACAACUUUAUUAUGAAGGAGCUCUUGGCGAGAACCCACGACUACUCCACAGACUGUUUGCAGCAUGUUCAAAGGCAUUUAAUCAAAAAUGAUGUACCCCCAACGCUAUUUGAGCCUUACAUAGAAGAAAUAUAUAACUAUUUGAGGGACGAACCCUUCAAGCAAUUCUUAGAAAGUGAUAAAUAUACUAGGUUUUGCCAAUGGAAAAAUUUAGAACUCAACAUACAGCUGACGAUGAACGACUUCAGCGUCCACAGGAUAAUAGGAAGGGGAGGUUUUGGCGAAGUAUACGGAUGUCGAAAAGCAGACACAGGCAAGAUGUACGCCAUGAAGUGUUUGGAUAAGAAGCGGAUCAAGAUGAAGCAAGGCGAAACGCUGGCCUUGAACGAGAGGAUCAUGCUCUCCCUAGUUAGUACCGGUCAAGACUGUCCUUUUAUAGUUUGUAUGACGUACGCGUUUCACACUCCAGACAAGCUGUGCUUCAUACUGGACCUCAUGAACGGUGGCGAUCUCCACUAUCAUCUCAGUCAGCACGGGGUUUUCAAUGAGCCUGAGAUGAAAUUUUACGCUGCCGAGGUUAUUUUAGGUUUGGAACACAUGCACAGACGAUAUAUUGUAUAUAGAGAUUUAAAACCAGCAAAUAUUUUGUUAGACGAACACGGACAUGUUAGAAUAUCCGAUUUGGGUUUAGCCUGUGAUUUUUCGAAGAAAAAACCCCACGCCAGUGUAGGUACUCACGGUUAUAUGGCUCCUGAGGUAUUAUCCAAAGGGACCGCCUACGAUUCCAGCGCAGAUUGGUUCAGUUUCGGCUGUAUGCUUUAUAAAUUAUUGAAAGGACAUUCGCCAUUCCGUCAACAUAAAACCAAAGAUAAACACGAGAUUGAUAGGAUGACAUUGACCACGCUUCUCUCAAAUUUUCAGAACGUUGAACUGCCCGACGCGUUCAGCAAAGAACUGAAGUCUUUGUUGGAAGGUUUGCUUCAGAGGGACGUGGAUAAACGGUUAGGCUGCAAAGGAAAUGGGUCGGACGAGGUGAAGGAACAUGCAUUUUUCGCUGGCAUCGACUGGCAACAGGUUUACUUUCAAAAAUAUACUCCUCCUUUGAUACCACCCAGAGGGGAAGUAAAUGCUGCAGAUGCUUUCGAUAUUGGAUCAUUCGAUGAAGAAGAUACGAAAGGAAUUAAGUUAGGAGAUCAGGAUCAAGAAUUGUACAAAAAUUUCCCGUUAGUGAUAUCAGAAAGAUGGCAGAAUGAGGUCGCUGAGACGGUCUUCGAAACCAUCAACUUCGAGGCCGACAAGGCAGAACACAAGAAAAAAGCGAAACAGAAGAAAUUGUUUGACUUGGACGAGAAAGAGUCAGACUGCAUAUUGCACGGUUACAUUAAAAAAUUGGGAGGACCUUGGAAUUCGAGUUGGCAAAUGAGAUAUGCCAAAUUGUACCCCAAUAGGUUGGAGCUGCACCCUGAUUCUGCCAAACCAGAAAUGGUUUUCAUGGAUCAAGUGGACGAGGUCAGCUCAGAGCUGGUACAAGUGAAAAAUGAGCAAUGUAUUGUCAUAACACGGAUAAAGGAUAGCAAAAUAAUCCUCACAAAUCCUGAUGAAAUAGGCCUAAGGGAAUGGCUCACAUCACUCAAAUCUGCUCACAAGCUCUCGCAAGAACUCCUCGGCUCAAUGGCUAAAAAAGCGGGUAAAAUAUACGGUACCGAUUCAAACAAUCGCAAUGCUAUAAUAACUCGUAAUACCAAUGGUAACUAAAACUCCCAAACUGAUAUAGUUCGAGUACAGAUCAGUGGUAUGAAAUACCUCCGAACGGAUUGUGAUCCUGUUACAGGCCCAAAAAUUGUAAUAGACUACCAAGAGGUUUCCAAUUCUUUGAUGCAAUAUUGUAGGACCCAUUAUUGACGUUGUUAUAUGCUCCCUAUUUUUUAAGAAUACAAUUCGGUUUUGUAUGUUAUCGUGUAGUAAAGAAAAUGAAACGUAUUACUCAUGACAACCAAUGUAUUUCUAGAUCAUCGUAGUAUUGAAUUGUUAUUUAUAAUUUUUAUUUAUAAUGUUGCAAUUUUUGUAGCUUAAUGCAUUUAAUGUUGUAAAGAUGAAAUUUACUUAUUAUAACUAUUUAUUUUAUUGUACAUUCUCUAAUAACUGUUCUAUAAAUGUUUCAUUAUA